CUUCUGUCAGCAGUCUAAUCUGAAAUUCAACACGUAUGCGACGUGCUCAGUGGUUUUCCAACUCUAACUCGAGUGCUAAAAUGCCAGCAUAACAAAAAGGACGUUUGUAACCGAAGCAUUUAAUUGCCUAAUAAUUUUCAUGCAAUGCUGUACUUUUUUUAUAAAACACAUUAGGGAAAUUAGAACGAUGACAUCGUCUUUGUUACCAUUUUUUAUGGAGGGUGAGGUGGUGAAAGGUUUCGGGAGAGGCUCUAAAGACUUGGGUUGUCCAACAGCAAAUUAUUCACUAGAAGUGGUACAAUCUAUACCCAAAGAUAUGGCUCCCGGAGUUUAUUAUGGUUGGGCACAAGUAGACUCUAAUAUGGUAUACAAAAUGGUGGCAAAUAUUGGUUGGUGUCCGUUUUAUGAAAACAAGGAAAUGUCUGUUGAAACACAUGUGAUGCAUAAAUUCGACAACGACUUUUAUGGAUCUAAUCUAAAAAUAUGUGUAAUUGGAUACUUAAGACCAGAGAAGAAGUUUGAUUCUUUGAACGAUUUAAUUGAAGCUAUCCGGCAAGAUAUAAAAAAUGCUGACGCCAAACUAGAUGAAGAUGAAUCGAAAAUAUUGAAGGAACAUAAAUUUUUUAAUAAUGCAAAUAAUAUCACUGUAUAGUGUAAUUGUUAAUAGUUAAAUUUUAUACAUUUUAAUAUUUCCGAAUUGUUAUGUUUGACUAUGUUAUAAUAUUAUGUUAUUGUAAUGAGAACUGUCUGUUCACCCACCCUUGUACUUAUGGUCACAAAUUUUUGUUUUUAAUUAGAAUUUAAGAAUUUAUAAAUGCAAUCUUGUGAUAACUUUUGACAAAUGAAUUCCAAUGUAAAUAAUAAAUGUUUUUACUAAAGUUU